CGAACCCGGGAGAAGCGAAGGCGGCGGCGGCGGCGGCGGCGGCGGCAGGAGGGGGGAAGGGAGCCCGAUGAUAAUGGCGGCCAGGAGAAGAGAACGCUGCAGCGCCUCUGAGAUACCUUGACCUUGAAGAUGGUGAGUAGCCAGCCAAAGUACGAUCUAAUACGGGAGGUUGGUCGUGGCAGCUAUGGUGUGGUGUAUGAAGCAGUAGUGAGGAAAACAUCUGCACGUGUUGCGGUGAAAAAGAUUCGGUGCCAUGCUCCAGAAAAUGUAGAGCUUGCCCUGCGUGAAUUCUGGGCACUUAGCAGCAUCAAGAGCCAACACCCAAAUGUUAUUCACUUGGAGGAAUGCGUUUUGCAAAAAGAUGGCAUGGUGCAGAAGAUGUCCCACGGCUCCAGCUCUUCGCUUUAUUUGCAGCUUGUAGAGACCUCCUUGAAAGGUGAAAUUGCCUUUGAUCCCAGAAGCGCCUACUACCUUUGGUUUGUGAUGGAUUUCUGUGAUGGAGGUGAUAUGAAUGAAUAUCUCCUGUCUCGAAAGCCUAGUCGUAAGACCAAUACUAGCUUUAUGCUUCAACUCAGCAGUGCCCUGGCUUUUCUGCACAAAAACCAGAUCAUCCACCGUGACCUCAAGCCUGACAACAUCUUGAUCUCUCAAUCCAGGAUGGAUGCUAGUGACUUGGAACCCACUUUGAAAGUAGCUGAUUUUGGACUGAGUAAGGUUUGUUCAGCGUCAGGACAGAACCCUGAAGAGCCAGUGAACGUGAAUAAAUGUUUUCUUUCUACAGCUUGUGGCACAGACUUCUACAUGGCUCCUGAAGUUUGGGAAGGUCACUAUACUGCCAAAGCAGACAUCUUUGCAUUAGGGAUUAUAAUCUGGGCGAUGUUGGAAAGGAUCACUUUCAUAGAUACAGAGACCAAGAAAGAACUGUUGGGGAGUUAUGUGAAACAAGGGACUGCGAUUGUACCUGUUGGAGAGGCAUUGUUGGAAAAUCCAAAAAUGGAGCUACUCAUUCCUGUUAAGAAAAAGACAAUGAAUGCUCGUAUGAAGCAGCUGAUUAAGGAAAUGCUUGCUGCUAAUCCACAGGACCGCCCAGAUGCUUUUGAGUUGGAACUCCGGUUAGUUAAAAUUGCUUUUAAAGACAGCAAUUGGGACACGUGACCUCUGUAGUACUUUGAACUUGUCAGGAUUGUA